UUUACGCGCGUGUAGUGAUUGUGUCAUCCUGUUCAAUGCUGCCGCCGAUCAACCUUUCACCUACUUUCUCUCGCACGCUGACAGCCGGCGGUUGUGUUGUGACGUCCGCAGCGCUCGUGGGAACAACACACCGACCGUCACCUAAUUGAUCCAGGUAAAUUCUAUUGAUGGUGAAAACGCGGACUUCUUUUUUCUUCCUGCCACUUUAAUACACAAACUUGACACAGGUGUCCUGCUGGAGUGUUAGCCCUUUUUGAUCUGGGGAUAAAGCUGCCGGGGGCAAAACCCUUCCGAAAUGUGGAUGAGCACUGUUGCACGUUUGGCCCUGCCUGCUCUGCAGAGGAGCACCUCUGCCAUGACCCGCCAGGCUCUGAGGGCUUGUCGUAGGCCGGGGCCAACCGCUGCUCCUCUGCCUCCUUGCCUGGUUUCAUUACAUCUUCGUGGGCGGCACACACUGGAGUCAGCCUCCCUUCCUGUCUCUCGCCACCUAGUGAGGCAUGUCCGAGCUCUGGACGAUGACAGGCAGAUGGAGGUAGAGUGGGAGGAUGGAGGCCACAGUCUGUACCCAUUCACCUGGCUGAGAGACAACUGCCAGUGUCCACUGUGUACCCUGCAAUCUGCUCAAGCCCGAACGCUCUUGCUGGCCGAUCUCGAUAUCCACACAGGAGUAGAUGUUGUGGAAGUCACCAAUGACAACAAGGUCUCCAUCGUAUGGCCCGACCAGCACGUCAGUGUCUUUGAUGCAGAGUGGCUGAAGAAACGCUGUUUCUCUCCUGCUGCCCGACUGGCAAUGCAGGAAGAGCUUUUCCUCAAUCGGCGUUAUUAUUGGGACUCGACACUGCGCAUCCCCUCAGCAGACUUUGACGAAGUCCUCCGUGACGAUAAGGCCGCGCUCGCUUGGCUCCUGGCCCUGCGUCGUGUUGGCAUGGUCUACCUGAAGGGGGCUCCUGCAGAGCAAGGCCAAGUGGCCAGACUGGCUGAGAGGAUUGGCUAUCUCAGGCUGACAUUUUACGGGCACACAUGGCAGGUCCAGGACAAACCCAUGGCAAACAAUGUAGCCUACACUUCAGGAAAGCUCAGUCUGCAUACAGACUACCCGGCGUUACACUUUGCACCUGGAGUGAGUAAAAUCUUACAUGUGCAGUUUCUGCACUGCAUCAACCAGGCUAAGGAAGGAGGAGAGAGCGAAGUGGUGGACGGCUUCCACAUGGCUGAGCAGCUGCAGAGAGAAGACCCAGAGGCCUUCCAGACGCUCACCUCGCUGCGCGUGGACUUCACCGACACCGGGACAGAUUACUGCGACUUCAUGCUGCAGUCCAAGAACUGCAUCAUUGACGUCGAUGCAGACGGCCGAGUCGUGAAGAUCAACUACAAUAACGCCACCCGAGACUCAGUGCUGGACCUGCCCUUACAUCAGGUCCAACCCUUCUACAGAGCACUGAAGGCCUACGUGGACAUCAUGAACCGACCGGAGAACGUGGUCACCUAUAGGAUGGAGCCAGGUGACAUCGUAACCUUUGAUAACUGGCGUCUGCUUCACGGCCGAAAGAGCUACAUCAGCAGGCCGGAGAGGCUCCGGCACCUCGAGGGUUGUUACCUGGACUGGGACGAAGUCAUGUCCCGUCUCCGGAUUCUCCGCAAGGCGGUGCACGAGGACUUGUGAGCUCCAGACGUACGGCCAUAUUGAAAUAAGUAGCUUUAGAGCCUUUGCAGAAGAAGUCAAGCUUAACAUGUGUUUUAAAAAUGCUGAGAGGGCAGAGUGCAAACAUGUUGACCUACCAGGCAACAGGUCAAGAGCUGAAUCGCUGCCUCUGUAAUCAAACUGUUAAACUAUAAAUGUUAAAAUAUAUAUAUAUAUAGUGAUUUACAAAAAUCUGCAAAGUUUAGAGGAUGACAGGAGCUCUGCAGAUGUGUCGCACAGUGCAACGCAACAAUGCAAGAAUUAAGAGAAACACCUUACUCCUAAAUUUCAAGGUGCUUUAAAGCCGACAAAGAUUUUUAUAAAUGAGUUUUUACAUGCUUAACUAUGAGAUUUUAUAUUCUGUCCUGAUACUUCUUAAUUUAUACAUUUUCUACACUUGUCUAUCUUUACCCAUUCUCUGGUGGGAAUAUUUGGCUCAGCAAGCCCCGUUUCUGAAAUCUCUCAUUUGUUCUGUCUGAAGACGACGAUUCACGAGUCUGAAAUCAAACUUGUUGUUCAUUAUAUUAUUGUGUACAAGGAACAGGGAGUGGUUUCAGGUGGAACCUGUUUGAAUCCAAGUUUCUUUUCUUCCCCUUUUCAGUUUUUCACUACCUGCUACAGUAUCUUUCUACCUCUACUGUUUGAUCCUGUGCCGACGUGAAGGAUGUGCUGUCCUUCACUUUGCUUUCAUUUCUGUAGAGUUGCAGUUUCUGAAUUGCCUUAUGCUACAGCACAGCGGCUGUGUUAGCUGUGGCCUUAUGAAAUACCAGCAGCAGCUCAGUUAUGCUUCUGCUGCUGUCCAGGGGUAUUUCUACAUCUGGUGACUUGAAAAUGAAUUUUUCUGCUUCUGAUGGUAAAUAAACUUCAAAACUCAUCGAAAA